UUUUAUUAUUGCAGUUUUAUAACUAAUACUUAGUUUUUAUUUAUUUGUAUUAAAACCGCAUAAAUUCCUGGAAGCCCUAUCGAGUUUCAGAGUCUGAGAGUUCGUCAAGCGCAAUCAUUUAUGGUCGAACAAACCAUAAUAAAGACAUUACAUAUAAUUUGUUAGACACAAAACAAACAUGGAUAUCCAACAAUUAGAAGUAUUGUGCAAGCAACUAUAUGAAGCUACAGAUGCUGGCAUACGUGCCGAUGCUGAAAAGAGUCUUGUGUCUUUUGUCAAUAGCCAGGAUGCCUUACCAAAGUGUCAGUUACUGUUGGACCGAGCUGAUUCCAGCUACGCACAGAUUCUCGCCGCGUCUACCCUAACAAAACUUAUACAGGGUAUAACCCUGGGGCAACGCAUCGAUAUACGCAGCUAUGCUCUCAACUACUUAGCAACCAGGCCCAAUUUGCAGCACUUUGUAGUUCAAGCUCUCGUUACGCUUCUAGCGAAAAUCACAAAAUACGGUUGGUUCGAUUCAUACAAGGGUGAACUUAUCUUUCAAAACUUGCUUGAGGAUGUCAAAAGAUUUUUGCAGGGUUCCGUUGAACAUUGUACAAUAGGCGUACAAAUUCUCUCACAACUAGUAUCCGAAAUGAAUUCGAUUGUGGAAUUAGAUGCACAUUUGUCUUUUUCAAAGAACCGAAAGAUAGCCACAUCCUACAGAGACCAGCAACUGUUUGACACCUUUCUACUAUCUUGCUCACUUUUGAAUACAGCACGGGAUAAUAGCAAGAGCUUAAACUUUCUGGAUGAAACCCAACAGGCGUUAAUAUCACAAGUGUUACGCCUUACAAAGAAUUGUCUAAGCUUUGACUUUAUUGGCAGCUCAACAGAUGAGUCAGCUGAUGAUAUGAACAAUGUUCAGAUACCGACAGCUUGGCGUCCUGCUUUUCUUGAUUCGAACACAUUAAAAUUGUUCUUUGAUUUAUAUCAAAUAUUACCGAAUAGUUUAGCGAGUUACUCACUAUCGUGCCUGGUGCAAAUGACAUCUGUACGCAGAUCACUAUUCAGCAACUCAGAGCGAACAAAAUUUCUUACUCAUCUGGUUGAAGGUGUAAAAAAUAUACUCACCAAUUUGCAUGGUCUUAGUGAUCCUGAUAACUAUCAUGAGUUCUGCCGUUUGCUUGCGCGGUUGAAGUCUAAUUAUCAACUGGGUGAACUCAUUGCUGUUCCCUGUUAUCCAGAAGCUAUUGAACUCAUUGCUAAAUUUACAGUACAAUCUCUACAUAUGUGGCUCUUCGCUCCAAAUAGUGUACACUAUUUACUCACCCUUUGGCAGCGUAUGGUUGCUUCAGUACCGUACGUUAAAUCACCGGACCCGCAUUUUCUUGGCACCUAUACCCCUGAAGUAGUUAAGGCGUAUAUUGAGUCGCGUCUAGAUGCUGUGCCUUUGAUUGUUCGUGAUAAUAUGGAAGAUCCUUUGGAUGAUCUGUGCAUGGUGCAGCAACAGCUUGAACAGUUGUCGGUGAUCGAACGUUGCGAGUACAAUAAAACUUGCAACUUUUUAGUGCAGCAUUUUGAUCAAAAAGCUCGUGAAUACGAAAAUCUUGUACAAAUGGUAAAUGCUAACCCUACAGAUAUAACUGUGCAUGAGUUACAAUUAACUUGGUUGGUGUAUAUAAUUGGAUCUGCCAUUGUCGGCAGACUUUCUGUAACAACCAGCGACGAGCAUGACAAUAUGGAUGCAGAGCUAGUUAUUCGUGUACUGCAACUAAUGAGUUUAACUGACUCACGCUUACCCCAAACUGGCUGUGAGAAGCUAGAAUUGGCAAUUCUGAGCUUCUUAGACCAGGUUCGUAAGAUGCACAGCAGUGACCAGGCACAAAAAGCAACUGUAUACAAACGGCUUAGUGAAGUAUUUGGAUUAAACGACGAACAAAUGCUACUAAGUUUUAUUAACCGUAAAAUCAUAACUAACUUAAAGUUUUGGGGUCGUUCUGAACAAAUAAUAACAAAAACAUUAAUGUUAUUAUCGGACCUCUCUGUGCACUUUAAUUCAGUGCGUAAAUUGGCACGUCUAGAAGAAGUACAAUUCAUGUUGACACAUCACACAAGCGAUCAUUUUCCUUUUCUUGGUACUAGUUCUUCACUAAACGAAAUGCGUUGCCGCACCAUGUUUUACACAUCACUGAGUCGCUUAUUAAUGUUUGACUUGGGAGAGGACGAAGAGCGUUUUUACCAUUUUUUAACACCUCUUACAAAUCAGUUUGAAUCACUGGGAAAUGUAUUAAUGGACACAAAAUGUUUUCCUAAUGAUGAAGUCAAGAAGGCAAUUAUUGGCUUAGCACGGGACUUGCGUGGUCUUGCAUUGCCUCUUAAUGCUCGAAUUCAAUAUACCAUGCUCUUUGAGUGGCUUUACUACACGGAUUACUUACCAAUACUUCUUCGUGCGGUGGAACUCUGGGCGCAUGAACCUGCCAUUACCACGCCAGUGUUAAAGCUGUUCGCCGAACUAGUGCAUUGCCGCACACAACGUUUAGCUGGCAAUGUUUCCAGUCCCAUGGGCAUUUUACUGUUCCGUGAAGCAUCGAAACUAAUUUGCAUUUACGGCAAUCGUAUUUUGCACCUAGAAGUGUCGAAUGAUCAACUUUAUCCUAUGAAAUUAAAGGGCAUAUCAAUUUGUUUUUUAAUUUUAAAAAAUGCACUUGGAGGAAACUAUGUCAACUGUGGGGUUUUUAAAUUAUACGGUGAUGACACUUUGCACAAUGUUCUUGAUAUUAUCGCACAGCUAAUUCUUUCUAUACGACAAAGUGAUCUACUGGAAUACCCUAAAUUGGCCUCAUCAUAUUACAAUUUAUUAAAUUGUCUAUCUCAAGACCAUGUUACAUACCUUGCUGCUUUAGAACCACGCGCGUUUGUCUAUAUUCUGGAAAGUUUGACAAAAGGACUUGCUGCAUUGGACUCUGCAAUUUAUAUAAGCUGUUGCACUAUUUUGGAUAGCAUCGUUUCGUACAUCUUUAAGCUGCUUCAACUAAAAAUUUCUACAUUCCCUAAUAAGAAGCUACGACGAUUGACACGGGAAAAUUCACAAUUUCUUAAGAUUGUUGAAAUUAAUUCAGACUUGCUUCAAAGUAUGAUGUCAUCUUUGUUAAAUAAUGUGCUGGCGGAGGAUUGUAGAAACCAGUGGUCAAUGUCUCGUCCGCUAUUAGUACUUAUUUUACUUUAUGAGGACUAUUAUCGCUCAUUGAAGGAAACCAUCAUACGUACCCAACCCGUUGAAAAACAGCAGACAAUGGCUCAGUGGUUUGAGGAUUUGAUGCUUGGUAUAGAGCGCAAUGUGUCCAGUAAAAAUAAAGAAAAGUUUACACAGAAUCUUUCCACGUUUCGACGAGAUGUAGUUAACCUACCAAAAUCGACGUCGUAUUCUACAGAUAAUUCAUACCAGGUCUACACGGAAACAAAUUACUCGAUAUCGGUAUAAAUGUCAAAUUGUUUGCUUGUAUCUACUGGUGUUACCUGUCAAAAAACUGUCAUAACACAAUUUAAUACAUAUUAUAAUUAUUCAUUGUCUAUAAAUAAGUAACUACUUUAUACAAAAUUAUGAGAUGUAUGAAUAAUCAUAUUUGUCGUAGAAAGUUUAAUUAUUUCAAUUGUUCGCUCAAGUUUUGCAACGAAUUGAUUAGUGGUUCAAAAGGCAAGAUCCUUUUGAUAUUGUACAAAACUAAAAGAGUGGGACGACAGCAUAUGCUGUCAUCAGUGUGGCUCAGUGAUAGGUUGAGAAAAAGAGAGAAAUAAACAUUAAGAAUCUGUGCGGUCGUUGUAAAAUUGUGAAAUUGAUGGAUUUUACACGUACGCUGAGACUCGCUAUUUAAGUCUAACCAAGAAA